AUUAACUUCUACCUGAGAAAACAUGGCGACAACGUAAACAACAUUCUGAGCUAAAAAAAAGGGAGGGAGACGGCCAAGUCAAUAAAUCAUUAAACAACAGGAACAUACAAACAACAGGAACAUACAAACAACAGAAACAUACAAACAACAGAAACAUACAAACAACAAUAACAUACAAACAACAAUAACAUACAAACAACAAUAACAUACAAACAACAAUAACAUACAAACAACAGCAACAUACAAACAACAGAAACAUACAAACAAUGUCUGACGAGGAGGAUUACUCAGCAGAGGAAGGGCGACCAAUGGUGAUCGAGGUUAAAACCACCAAAAGGCCAUCGUCACGGACGCAAGGUCAGAGGUCAUCUCGGACACCUAGGACUCCUAAAACACAGCGAAGUCAGCAUAACGAUGACGAAGAUGAUUAUUCGGAUGAUUAUGAUGAAGAUGAGGAUUACGAUGAGGAGGAGAUGGCAAAUGAGGCACCUCGUACGUCACGUAUAACACACCGACCAAAAAACGGACGCAAGAAAGUUAACACGACACCUCCGGACCGCCUGUUAAAGACUUCAACAAAGAAAGCUAGCAAAUUCCUCGAUCAGGGAAAGGUGGACAAAGGUAUACAGGAAUAUGUAAAGUGUAUAGCCUACUCGAGGAUGGUCCAUGGAGCAGUAGAUUGGAGACUCGCCCGCAGUUACGCUGACUUAGCAGAGGCCUACCUCGACCACAAAUCCUACGCAGCUCAAGCUGAUUACCACGCGGACAAUGGAAAGGCUAUCCUCCUCAACUCCCCACCAACCAUCACCACGGAAACAGAGAAAGCCAAUGUUUACACCGUCCUGUUCCGACUAUACCACACAAAAGGCCGGGCUUUGACAGCACUAAAGAAGUUUCCAGAAGCAGAACAGGUCCUUACCAAGGCGGAUAAAUUUCUUGCCGACCUCUUCAAGAUGUCUUGUGUGACACAGGAUGAGUGUGAUGAAAUGGAAAUUGACAUUUCACAUGCCAAGGCAAAACUAUAUUGGAAACAGAAGAAGCACGCCCUCGCUAGCAGUCAGUAUGAUAAACUGCUGGACCAGAUGGAGGCUCACUACGGCAAGGACAGUAUGGAGUUAGUCCCUGUUUACCAGGAGAAUGGACAGCUGGAACAGAGUAAAGGUCGCCAUGCCAACCACGACAAAGCUAUAGAGAUGUACCUACAGGCCCACUCCAUAGCCGGCGCCAAUUACCGUGAAGAUAACCUUGUCACCAUGGAUACAGCUCUAAGUCUGGCCAGAGCUUACUCACAGACCGGCAGGGAAGAAGCCGAAGGUGUGGCAGAGAAAUACCUGAACGAAUGUCUUGCCAUUUGUCAGACUUGUCAUGGUACAAAUCACAAGAAAACAUUAGAAGUCAUGGAUGAAUUAGCAAGACUUCUGAUCCGAGUAGACAGACAAGAGGAAGCUUUGAGUAUCCUGCGUUCCAGUUUGCCCGGAAAGUGUGAAGCUUAUGGAGAUUAUUCUGAGCAGGUUUCCGACACAUAUAAACUCAUCGCCUCUGUACACUUGUCAGGCGGUGGUACGGAGAAAGCUAUUCGAGCUUAUCAAAAGUGUCAUAACAUAGAAUGUCUUGUCCUCGGAAAGAAUUCUAAGAAAACAAAAGAUUCUGAACGCACCAUUGAGAUACUCAUGGCGAGCCCUGGUCUGUCCAACAAAUUCUCACUCAGCAAAACAGAAGAACUGAAGAAACGACCAAAGUUUAAUUCCAUUGUAAACCGCAGCAAGCCCAUGACAGGGACAUAGACCUGCCAAACCUAUAAUUGUGUAAUAGACACUGCCGUCCUUUUAUCUCCGGUCAUUCCAUUGCAUGUAAAAGGGAGGCUGAAAAGUGCUUUUGAAAUAUGUCAUCAGAUAUUUUUGUACUGUAAUGAUUGUAUUUAAAAUCAAAUUCAUCCUUAAUCCGUCCAUAGCAAAGUGAUGAUAUUCAUUUUAGGUAUUAAGAUUAUAGUCAGUCUGAGAGUGGAGUAAUAGAAUCGCUCACUCCCUUGGGGGUGAGACAGGGAAAAUAGAAUUGUUCACUCCCUUGGGGGUGAGACAGGGAAAAUAGAAUCGUUCUCCCUUGGGGGUGAGACAGGGAAAUCUCUAGGAAGAAGCAUAAGUGUCUUCCCCUGAGGGCUGUAGGCUAUGGUGUCUUCCCCUGAGGGCUGUAGUGUCUUCACCUGAGGGCUUUAGGCUAUAGUGUCUUACCCUGAGGGUUGUAGGCUAUAGUGUCUUACCCUGAGGGUUGUAGGCUAUAGUGUCUUCCCCUGAGGGUUGUAGGCUAUAGUGUCUUCCCCUGAGGGCUGUAGGCUAUAGUGUCUUACCCUGAGGGCUGUAGGCUAUAGUGUCUUACCCUGAGGGCUGUAGGCUAAAGUGUCUUCCCCUGAGGGCUGUAGGCUAAAGUGUCUUCCCCUGAGGGCUGUAGGUUAAGUGUCUUCCCCUGAGGGCUGUAGGCUAUAGUGUCUUCCCCUGAGGGCUGUAGGCUAUAGUGUCUUCCCCUGAGGGCUUGAGGCUAUAGUGUCUUCCCCUGAGGGCUUUAGGCUAUAGUGUCUUACCCUGAGGGUUGUUGGCUAUAGUGUCUUCCCCUGAGGGCUGUAGGCUAUAGUGUCUUCCCCUGAGGGCUUGAGGCUAUAGUGUCUUCCCCUGAGGGCUUUAGGCUAUAGUGUCUUACCCUGAGGGUUGUUGGCUAUAGUGUCUUACCCUGAGGGCUGUAGGCUAUAGUGUCUUCCCCUGAGGGCUGUAGGCUAUAAAGUAAAUGUUAUAGGUAGGUUAUAUAGUGUAUUCCUCAAGUAUUCUGUAGAAGUAUUUGGAAUUAGUUUUUGAGACACAAUGAGUGAUGAGUAUUUUUUCCUGACAUCAUGUUUUAUCUUCGUUGGGAGAUUGAACAUAGGGUAUUGUUUAACAUGCCCAUUAGCCUAAGAAAAUUUAAUCAAAGGCAUUUGUAAUGCCUCCACAACAGAUAUAACAUAGGUCUUUUGGUUUUCUAGACUGAUACUUUACAGACUAAGCUAAAGAGAAUUUUACCAGGGCUGGUCUACAAAAAACAGUUAGCAGUUAUAAUUAGUGGGUUAUAUUUUUUUCUAUUUCAAAUAUCAUCAGUUUUUGUGAACUUGCCUCCAGCUUUCUAAAUGUAUAUUUUUUUAAUGUAUUGAUAAUAUAUUUAAUGUAAGAUAUUUAUAGUAUUUACAAGUAUUAGGGGAAUCAUGAGUAUGGAGAACCGUUCCAACAUCAGUACAAUUUUAGUAAAACUGGAUGUUUAUUACAUCACAAUUACUGUGAUUAUUAGAGAAUUAAAGAAAUAAAAGUUAAAUUGUUUCUCAGGAAGGUGAGAUGAUGUUAGAAUUGAAACGGCUUACCAUACUGUGUUAGAUAAAACAAAUUCAAUAGAAAUAUAUGAAAAUAUAUAUUUUUGUUUAUGUUAAAAAAUUCAAUUAAAUCUGUACAUUCAUUGUGAUAUUUGUAGUAAAGAUAGUUUCAUUCACUAAAUGUCUGACACGACAUAUUGUUAACCAAAACUCUCAUGAUAUGGUCCUACUAAUGAGAUAACACUUUACCUGUAUACAUUUUACAGGUAUUAUCUAAUUAUCAAUUUACAUUGUACUUACAAUUAUAUUGUUGAAUAUAUGAUAGAUCUGACCAAAACGUGAAUUCUUAUUGGUGACUGGGUUUUUGAAUGUGUAAAAAAAGAAAUUAAUUUAGAAUAUUAAAACUUGUUUUACAUUUGAAUAUGCUACUGUAGCAACAUAUUUUUAUUAUGAGGAAGUGAGAGCUAUUUCUGGUUGUAGAUUGGUCACAUCACUGCCCUGUUAUACCAGACAGGUGUCAUAAUUGUCUCAGCUCACACAAACAUAACGACUUAAUAAAACCUUUUUACAACCAAGUGUCAAGAUUUACAAGAUUCUGUCGUGAAACUUGUGUCAAUUUAAAAUCGUCAUUAAAUUAUUAUAAAAAGCUUA